AACUACCUGAGAUAAGCUAGCAGUGGUAGGGGUGUGUAGCAAGCUAGCUAACGUUAAUACUGCUGUGAUUGAUGAUAAGCCAAAGGUUAGCGUUCAUCACACUGACUGGUCAAGCUCACAGAUAAACACCCAACAUGGAGGAGUCCAGCAGCAGCAAGCCGUUCAUGGUGACGUCCUCUCUGAACUUCAAAGUCACCACCCCGUCCUUCUACAACCAGCCAAAGAAGUUUGCCUCUGUGGCCCCGCCGCGGUCCAAGAGUGUGACCCCCCCCUCGGGUCCAUCACCCACACCUAUAGGCACAGCUGUGAUUGGUCGAGUGGGAGACCUUCCUCCGCCACCCCCUUCGCUCUGUUAUGACUUCCCCCCUCCUCCCCCUCCUCCUCCACUGGAUGAUGAUUUGCCAGCCCCUCCCCCCGAAUGCCAACCCUCUUCCUACGAGGCGGCCUCUCCUGAAUUCCCCGCUCCCCCUCCAGCGGUGGAAGACCUGUCGCUCCCAGCUCCCCCCGAUGACUUCGCCCCCCCGCCGUCCUUACCGUCUCCCCCUCCUCCCCCACCCCCACCCCCUCCCCCUCCACCCCUCUUUGCCUCUGGUAUUCCUAGUGCUGCUGGAAACCCACAGAGACUUGUGGAGAAGCAGACGAGCUUCGAUCAACAGCUGGACACUCUGACCGACUUACUGUCCGAGAUGGAGACCAGGGGACCUUUCAACCCCAAGACUCCGAGCCAGUAUUCUUCAGCACCAGCAACAGCCCCCAAGCCUCCAGCUCCCCCCCCCACCGCCCCGAAACCAUCCCUCUCCUUCCUCCCGCCCUCUGAGAUGGGAGACCGCCCGCCUCCCGCUCCCUGGGCCGAAGAACUCAAAGCCAGAACGAACCGACACGCCAAUAAUCACAACUCUGGACCCAACUCCUCUCAGCCGCUCUCUAAAGCCCCCGCUGUGGCCCCCAAAGCUGCUUUCGGAGGCAGAACGGCCACUUCCUCCACCUCCCUGGCCCAGAAACUGAACCAGACCUUGAACCAGAACGCGGUCCCAGUCGCACCGAAGCCUUCCCCUGCCUCCAGCUCCUUCCCUCCGCCUCCCGCAGCCCCCCCCGCCGCUCCUGCUCCACCCAAAACCGCGGUCCCCGCCCCGGCCUUCAACCACAUCAAGAGUUCUCCCUUCGCUGGUCAGAUGACUGCAAACCAAACCCCCCCCGCUGCUGCUGCGCCUCCUCCUCCUCCUCAGCCCAAGAUGAUGGCAUCUCCCUCCUCCUCCUUUAACCAACCAAUGAAAUCUCCUCCUCCUCCUCAGCUCAAGAUGAUGGCGUCCCCCUCCUCCUCCUCCUCCUUUAACCAACCAAUGAAAUCUCCUCCUCCUCCUCAGCCCAAGAUGAUGGCGUCCCCCUCCUCCUCCUCCUUUAACCAACCAAUGAAAUCUCCUCCUGCAGCAACACCCUCACCCCCCGGCCCAGUGGCUAUCCCAGGUGGAGGCGUCCCUCUGAAUAUGAGGGAGGUGGAGGAGCUGGAGAGGAUGACCAAUGACUUCAUCAGAGACAUGGACACAAACGCACCCGUCAUCACCUCCCCGCCCACAGAGAUGUGUGGGAAGUGUGGCGAGGCUCUGUCCCGCACCCAGCCGGCCGUCAGAGCCAUGGAGAAACUCUUCCACUCCGACUGCUUCUGCUGCCUGAGCUGCCAGCGCCCCCUGCAGGGCCUGCAGUUCUACGACCGCGACGGGGCCCCCCAGUGUGAUGACUGCUACACGAGCUCUCUGGCGGUGUGUUCCCGCUGCGGGGAGAGGAUCACAGACCGCGUGCUGAAGGCAGUGGGCCAGUGUUUCCACUCUCACUGUUUCCGCUGCAGCACCUGCUCCUGCUCUCUGGAGGGGGCGCCCUUCAUCACCGACGACAACAACAACCCCUACUGCGUCCCGGAUUACCACAGGCGUUUCUCCCCUCAGUGUGUGAGCUGUAACGAGCCCAUCGUCCCCUCCCCGGGCAGCGAGGAGACGGUCAGAGUGGUGGCUCUGGACAAGAACUUCCACCUCAAGUGUUACCGUUGUGAGGAUUGUGCCCGCCCUCUCUCCAUAGAAGCCGAUGAAAAUGGCUGCUACCCAUUGGAUGGCAAGAUCCUGUGUAUGAAGUGCCACACCCAGCGAGCCAAGCAAGCUGCGCAGUGAUUGGCUGAAGCGGCGUUACUCUCCUCCGAUUUAACUAUGAACCAAAAUCCAAAAGCACAGGAUUCAUCCAGCGGCCCUUUUGCCUUGGCAGCAGUCAUUCAGUGUACAUGUGCAGGUGUGUGUGUGUGUGUGUGGAGCAGUGUGUCUGCAUGCAGAUCCAGAGUAGUAUUCCCCUCGUCUUUGUUCUCUUCCGUGCAGAAGUAAUGUACUGCAUUGAUUUCCACCUUUUAUCCCCCAACUCAUCUAGCCCUCUUUGUGUACAACAACGUAUUUUUUGUGCUAAUUCCAUGUUUACGCGAAACGUUUCCAGCAUAACUUGCACAAGAAUAGUCAAAAGAGCAGUCUGAUGAAUAUAACGUUGCCUUCUCGCGCCUCGAUAUUGUAAGUAGCAACAAGAAAUUGCAAUUUUAAGCGUUCACUGGGCGUUCUCUGUCCCUGUGAGCAUUGUUACCAUAGGCUGAGAAGUACCACAUUUGACCACUCUGCAGAUUUCACCACUCCGAUUGGCUGCUGGUUGAACAUAUCUUCAACAUGUUGGCAGUUUUUGUGCCUGCACGCAUGGUUAAUGAUGCUUUCCUGCCUAGAGAGUGCUUCAUGUCAGCCAAUCUACUCCGACAGCAUCUUAAAGACGUCUAGGGCUAAUCAUUAACUGCAAAAAAAACAAAAAAACGGGGAUUGUUGCUCUUAGUUUGUGAUGUGAAUUUGAUAAUUUACAGGCAUGCGUUUUCACUAUGUCUCGUAGCUUUCUCUCCUUCAAUCAUACACACAGUAAAAAGGCAAGAUCAGAACAAAAAUGAGUUCCAUGAGUAUUUUUACAUGCAUGCUUUUUGAAUGCACAAUUAUGAACAAGCACAGAUCCCAUUCAACGGAUCUAAUAAAAACAAAAUGGUUAUGAAUGCCAGCUGCACGGCUGAAAACAGGACCUAUCAUGUGAUCGUUGCACAUUUCCACAGUGAAAUAAAAAAGCCUUUGAGUGUCGCUUUGACUCUAAAAGCCCCCGCACAUGAUACAUUUUGUAUUAGUGGUAACCAUCUAGACAUACUAGUAGCUUUUGAUAUGCAUCUCUUGCUUUAAAUAUUAUAAUUUAUGGAUUCUUUUUUUAUUAAGUAUUAAGGUUAUGUGUACAAAACAACCUGUCCUUACAGUAGAAUAAUAGAUUAGCAUAUGAUACAAAUUAGUGACCAAAUAUGUUGUAGCUGGAAGUUAAUAAAACACGUUACAUGAGAUUCAAUGUCUGACUUUCAUGCAUGUUCUUAAUCACCUUCUUGUGUUUGAGCCCAGUUUAUUUUGGUUUAUUGUAUUGUUAAAGUGAAUACCACUAUUAUUUCCAUUAUUCAUCUUUUGUAAUCUGUUCAUGUCGGUAUAUUCUACUUUAUUCCUAUCUUACUGUACUGUAUUUCGUUGAUAAAUGCUUACAAUGAUUCCAUUCUGACCCUGGAGACGUGCCUUCUCCGCUGUUGUUUCUCUGAGUUGAGCCGACAGAAAUUCAUUCCACACAGAAAACACAAAACCUGGCAACAGUGAUUGAGCGUUGCAUGCUAUCUGUGUCAGUGGUGGUGUUUCCUCCAGUGUUUCCUCUUCAGUCUGCACCGCCCGCUCCGCCCUGCCUUCGUCAUCACUCUGAGAUUUGAUGUUGCAUUUAUCUGGCGUUCUGUUGUGUCAUAUUGUAUUACAUGCGGAUGCCUUGUCUUUUCAUAUAACUUUUUUAAAAAUGAAUUCCUGUUUGAUAUGUGUGAAUGUGUAUAUGUUUAAAAUCCUUAUUUAGCCCCCCCUCCCUCCUCUCCCUUUGACUGUAUCAAAAGAUAAACAAAUAAAUAAAUACAAUGCUAAAUACCAAA